UUUCUUUUUCAUCACGAAUGGUAUCCGUUCAAUAACAACAAACAGCCCGACAACGCCCGGACAUCUUCCAGACGAAAAUCAAACGAGAAUCGUUCAGUCGUCAGAAAGUCACCGCAGACAACCAUUGUCUUGAUCCAGAGACCAUCUCGAGAUAAUUACCACAAGGCUUGACAUUUAGUGUAACGGUUCCAGUCUGUGAAGCGAUCUACCAUAACUCCCUGUUAUUGUUCUUAGUACUACAAGCGGAGAAGUACAUACUGGGCCGUGGACACUUAAUGCAUUCUGGCGCACACAGGGCCUGGUUAUAAAUGAGUGUGGGGUUUAUUCAUCACAACAAAGGACAACUCGCACUCAACGUUUUCUCAAGCUACCUCUUGUAUAGCGGGUAGACAUUCUGCCAAAGCAGUGGCCUCAGAUUCAAGGAAUUCCCGUGCAGUAUUCAAGGUAGACAAUCGAAUCAGCUAAGCCUUCGAAGUUGCGACGCAGAACCAUACCUCGCUCUGAUUGUUUACUUGCUCACAUCAACAAAAUGUCGAUCCUGGAUGAAUUGACGCAAGAACAAAUAGAAGACUACAGCCGCGCGUUUCGUCUUUUCGACAAAGAUGGCGACGGUACCAUUGACGCCAAGGAACUGGGCACCGUGAUGAGAUCCCUUGGCCAGAACCCGAAUGAUGAUGAGCUCCAGGAGAUCCUGGAGGAGGUUGAUGCCGACGGCAACGGGUACAUCGACUUCGAAGAGUUCCUUGGGAUGAUGGCGAAGAAGAUGCAGUCUCGGGACUCGGAGGAAGAGAUAAAGGAGGCGUUUAAGGUGUUUGACAAGGAAAGCAAAGGGUACCUAACCUCGGAUGAGCUGCGUCAUAUCAUGACUACCAUGGGGGAGAAGCUGACGCAUGAGGAUGUCGACGACAUGAUCAGAGAGGCGGAUCUGGAUGGGGACGGAAAGAUUGAUUACCUUGAAUUCAAAGAGGCAUUUAACCUUUUCGACAAAGACGGCGAUGGCACCAUCACAACCAAGGAGUUGGGAACCGUCAUGAGGUCACUAGGUCAGAACCCAACAGAGGCAGAGUUGCAAGACAUGAUCAACGAAGUAGAUGCUGAUGGUAACGGCAUCAUCGACUUCCCUGAAUUCUUAACAAUGAUGGCGAAGAAGCUUCAGGGUGCCGACAGUUCAGACGAGUUGCGAGAGGCCUUCCAUGUGUUUGACAAGAAUGGGGAUGGGUUCAUCAGCGCUACGGAGUUGAGGCAUGUCAUGACAAAUCUGGGGGAGAAGUUGACAGAUGAGGAGGUGGAUGAGAUGAUCAGAGAAGCGGAUGGAGAUGGAGAUGGGCAGGUCGAUUAUGAUGAGUUUGUGAAGAUGAUGACUGGAAAUGUGACGUACAGGCAUGGUACAUCUGCGUUCAGGGAUAUGUCUCUGUGUGACGUCCUUGUUCAUCUGCCAGUCAGGGAUAUGUCUCUGUGUGACGUACUCUUGUACCGGGAAGCGUUCUCGAUGUACGACAAGGAUGGCAGCGGCUUCAUCGCCGAGGAGGAACUGGGUACGGUGAUGAGGUCGCUGGGACAAAACCCCACCAACGCCUACCUGCGUGACGUCAUCAGACAGGCAGACACGGAUGGUAGCGGAAAUUUACGUUUUGAGGAAUUUGCCUUGAUGAUGCACAAGAAGAGCCAGGAGCCGGAAAACCCCAAUGCUCUGAAGGACGCCUUCAAGGUGUUUGACAAGAACGGCGACGGGACAAUAGACAGGGACGAGUUGUUCAAGAUCAUGACGGAGCUCGGAGAGCCGCUGACAAAACCGGAGGUGGAUGAGAUGAUACGCGAGGCGGACAAAGACCGGAACGGAGUGAUUGACUAUGAAGGCACAAGACUUACAGGAAUAAUGAACAAGGUUCUAUCUAUCUUGCAGGUAGAUAACGUUCCGGCAGAGAAACUGAACGAGUACAAAGAGGCGUUCCAGUUGAUUGACAAGAACGGCGAUGGCGUGUUGACGUUGCUGGAGCUGCGGUCGGUGAUGAAGUUGCUGGACCAGGACCCCACCGACGACGAGCUGAGGGACAUGAUGAGAGAGGUGGACGAGGAUGGUGAUGGCAGCGUGACGUUCCUUGAGUUUGUCAAGCUGAUGGAGAAGAAGCGAGGGGAACCGGACGAGGAGCAGCUGAUGGAAUCCUUCAGGAUGUUCGACAAGGACGGGGACGGCAGGAUAGGCGCGGCGGAGUUGAGGGACGUCUUCACCAGCCUUGGGGAGACUGUGUCAGAUGAGGACGUUGACAACAUCAUCAGAGAAGCGGACGCUGACUGUGAUGGCCACAUCAACUUUGAAGAAUUCGUCACUCUCAUGAAGAUGAUCUAAACUUGAACGUGUGUCAUUCCAUAAGGCAUCUCGAUUUCAAAGACAUUUUGAUCUAUCACAUGACAGUGGUGCAGCAUACUCAUCUUCGCCGACGCAUCCACAAAAUAUCGUGACGUCAUUGUGGAUUUCAAGCAUCAUUUUUUAUAUAUCUUGUCCGAAGUGAAUAUGGACACAUUUAGCUUGUUCGUGUCCAUGAGCACAUUUGGAGUUUGUGCUGACAUUAAGAUAACAAUAUUAUGAAGCCCGUUUACAGUCUAGGUCGAGACAGUUCAAUUAGUGUAACGUGACACAUUGUCUUUUUAUAGCCUCGGGAAUCAACCUCUAAAUAAAUAAUAAAUUUUCAGUAUACAGAUAAAAUGAGUCUUCAAUGACUUUUGAAUACAAAAUUGCUACGACUAAUAAGUGCCCUGAGCUUAUUCACCCUUUACAUUAGAAGUAGUUCUGUGGUAUACCGUAUUUCUUCUAAUAAACGCCCUUGGGGCGUAUUUUUAGGACAUUAUAAUGACCGACUUCAUUGGAGGACUGAUGUCUAUUUUGUCUUCUAACGGGAAACAUCACAUUUACACUAGACCCGGCUUCUUUCCUUCCAAUUUAAUUCCGUAAAUAAUAUUUGCAUUGACGUAUGUUCUUCGUAAGUCAUUCGGCAGCACUCGGCUUUCCGUAACCUGAAACAAGACCAGUCCCUCUGGUGUAAAAAGAUGCAAGUAAUCAUUUAAAAUGACUACGAUAACGAAUCCAUCAUUAGUAUUUCUUUAUUGGUAACCUGUUUACCUAUAAAUCUUCCGAGGUUGUGUGUGUGUUCAUGAAAAUGAAACAGCAAAGGAAAACGCCAAAAUUGAUUACAACUAUAUCGAAGUGGGGAAUGGGGGUUUCACAAUGACAGACUUCCGUGUUUCUACGUUUGAUCAUUGUUUAGGGACUGGUAAUUUAUUUAAGGGGGGGGGGGGGGGUCGUCAUGAAAACAUGAUACGUAAAACCCCUUCGCCCCCAUAAUAAAUGACCAGUCCCUUACCAAAAUGUUCCAAACGGUUGUAGUGUCUUUCUAUUAACAACAUAGUAUCGUAAUAUGAAGCAGCCAUGUCGCGAAGAGCAACAACUCGGUUCCAUAUGCCCCAUUGUGUUAACGGAAUCAUGUCAACUGAAUCGACACAGAGGGACAAGAGUCGCUGUUUUGAAUGACACGAGUUGUCCCGGAAUGACACGAGUGUUCAUGCAAUGUUCUUGUAUUCGACCAACACAAGCUCUCCAUGUCAGUUUUCGUUUACACACUUCAAUGUUCUAGCAAACUACACCGUCUAAUGUGAGCACAUUCAGCGUGACAAUCCCGUAAUUAUACCACGUCCUCAUUCAUUUUUUUCACUUUUUUACACAUGCGUGUCUAAAACAACGGUCAUUCUCCAGUGGAGAAAUCAGCAUACAUUUAGAUACCCAGGCGCUGAUUAGCGUAUAGCGCAACUCAUUAGAGCACCAGUUUACCUUCGUGUGAACUACGUCAUUACUUUUGCUGUUUGACAGUGUAUGGUCAUGAUCAUUGCAAACAGUUACCAAAUAAAAACAUAGAAAUAUGAAA